AUGAUUCUUUGUAUAGACUUUGUCUUUGAAGAUAUGAUGACAAGACAAGAAGAAGAAGAUGAAAACGAAAUAAAUAACAAAGUUCAUAUUAAACCAAAUUGGAAACGAGAUAUAUCCAGUAUUUUUCUAUUAAUGGUAUUAUAUUUAAUGCAAGGAGUUAUUAUUGGUAUCACGGUUAGUAUACCACUAAUAUUACAAUCGAAAGGUGUUAGCUGGAAACAACAAGGAACAUUUAGUUUUGUACAUUGGCCAUUUAGUAUAAAAUUAUUAUGGGCGCCCAUUAUUGAUUCGUUAUAUAUUAAACGUUUUGGACGACGAAAAACAUGGUUAUUGCCUAUUCAGUUAUUAAUUGGUUUAAUAAUGAUACUACUCUCAUUCUAUAUAUCAUCAUUGUUAAAUACUAAAAAUAUACUUGUUUUAACUAUUAGUUGGAUUUUCUUAUAUUUUUUAACUGCUUCACAAGAUAUUUGUGUUGAUGGUUGGGCAUUAUCAUUGUUAUCAAAUGAAAAUAUUGGAUGGGCAUCAACAUGUCAAACAGUGGGACAAACAAUAGGAAUAUUUAUUGGUCAUGUGUUAUUUUUAACAUUCGAAUCAAUAGAAUAUAGUAAUAAGUAUAUUCGAAAAUUAUUUUCUAUUAUAGAAAAACCUUCUGGUAUAAUAUCAUUUUCAAAUUUUCUUCUUUUUUGGGGUAGUACAUUUAUUAUCAUAACAUUAUUGAUUGCCCUAUUUAAAAAUGAGAAAUCACACAAAAAUGAUGAGGAUGAUGAUGAUGAUAACAAAAGAACGAAUAAUUAUAGUCUUGUUGAAACAUAUUUAGCCAUGUUUAAACUAUUCAAAAAACCUUGUAUACGUGAGUUAACAUUUAUUUUAUUAACACAAGAAAUUGGUUUUGCUGCAACAAAUUUUAUGACAAAUUUAAAACUAAUUGAAAUGGGUGUUAAACAAGAAUUAUUAACUUUAAUGUUUACACCAUUGAUACUUAUUAAAAUAUUUAUACCAUUGUGUAUAAGUCAUUGGACUAGUGGUUCAAAACCAUUAAGUGUUUACAUUUAUUGCUAUAUUCCACGAUUAUUUACAAGUAUUUUGAUUGCUAUAUUUGUCUAUGUAACACCAGUUUUUCAACCAUUUCAGUGGUAUUAUUAUUUAAUUGCAAAUAUUCUAUUUGGUAUAAAUGAAACAUUCAUUUCUAGUAUGAUAGUAGCGAAAGUAGCAUUUAAUGCAAAAAUAAGCGAUACUCAUAUAGGUGGAACGUAUAUGACAUUAUUAGCCACAAUAGCAAAUAUGGGACUAAGUCUAACGAGAACAUCAUUAAUGUAUGCAGCAAAUUAUUUGACAUGGAAAACGUGUAUUAUUCAUAAACAACAAAAUAUGUCUUGUAAUACUGAUGAGAAUAAAAAUCAGUGUAUAUCAUUUAACAACGGAACGUGUAAAAUAGAAAUUGAUGCCUAUACGAUUAUUUGA